AUGUCUUCCGGAAUCUGGGGAUGGUUUGGCGGUGGGGCUGCGCAGAAGCGCAAGGACAGCCCCAAGAACGCGAUCCUGGGCCUGAGGUCACAGUUGGAUAUGCUGCAGAAGCGAGAGAAGCACCUGAAGUCCCAGAUGGAAGAGCAGGAUGCCAUAGCACGAAAGAACGUCAACACGAACAAGAAUGCUGCCAAGGCCGCUCUACGACGAAAGAAGGCGCACGAACACAGCCUUGAUCAGACGAUGGCCCAGAUCCAGACCCUCGAGCAACAGAUCAAUGCUAUCGAGUCCGCAAACAUCAACCGGGAGACUCUGGCGGCGAUGCAGCGCGCUGGCGAGGCCAUGCAGGCCAUCCACGGCAAGCUCACCCCCGAAAAGGUGGACGAGACAAUGGAGAAGCUGCGCGAACAAAACGCCCUCAGCGAAGAGAUCGUCAGCGCCAUCACCACCAACGCGCUCGGCGAGGCGGUCGACGAUGCGGAUCUGGAGGAGGAAUUGGAGGCAAUGCAACAGGAGCAGCUGGACGAGUCUCUGCUCAAGACUGGCACUGUGCCAGUGUCAGACCAGAUCCAACGCAUGCCGGCUGCGGCGAACGGCGAGAUCAAGGGAAAGGCAGUGGAGGAAGACGACGAGGAGGCAGAGCUACGGAAGCUGCAGGCAGAGAUGGCCAUGUGA